AUGAAAAAUUAUGAACUACCAGAAGAUGAUUUUGUUUUUAAUAACAUAAUUAAUUCAAAAAAUAGCUUAAAAUGCUUAAAUAAAAAUAUAGAAAGUAAUAAUACACUUUCAGAAAUAAUAAAAAUUGAUAAAAAUGAAAUAAUGAAAAAUGACAAUAAAAAUGUACAAGAUGAUGAACAAUUGGAACAGAAAUAUAAAAUAUCAAAUGAUAAUCAAAAUAUUUUAAAUUGCCAAAAACUUAAUAAUGAAGAAAAUUGUAAAUUACAAGAUAAUUUAUCUGUUAAAGAAUUAAGCGAUGAAGAGGUAAAUUCAGAAAAUGAGUAUAAUAAAAAGAUAAAAAAUAGAAAUAGUUCUUUAAAUAAUGAAAAAUUAAAGGAAUAUAAUGCAAAUUAUAAUGAUAAAAAUUCUAAAGAAAAAUAUAAAAAAAAUAACAUAGAUAAUGGUCAAAUUCAUGAUAAUAUAAGUUAUAAUAUGAAUUUGAAUUCAUCAAAGAUUUUGUAUAAUGUUGAUGAAUGGAUUUGUAAGUUAUUUAAAUGUGAAUUAUUGAAUAUUGAAGAAAUAAAAUUAAUGUGUGAACUUUUAAUAGAUAUAUUGAAAGAUGAAGAAAAUUGUGUUAAAGUAGAUGUUCCUGUAACUGUUGCAGGAGAUAUUCAUGGACAAUUUUACGAUCUUCUAGAGAUAUUUCAUAUUGGUGGUUUGCCACCGGACGUUAAUUAUUUAUUUUUAGGAGAUUAUGUUGAUAGGGGAUAUUAUUCCUGUGAAUGCUUUUGUUUAGUGGCUUGUUUUAAAAUAAAAUAUCCCAAAAGAGUAACAAUUUUAAGAGGGAAUCAUGAGAGUAGACAAAUAACAAAAGUAUAUGGAUUUUAUGAUGAAUGUAUAAGAAAAUAUAAUAAUAAUUAUAAUGCAUGGAAAUAUUUAACUGAUGCAUUUGAUUAUCUACCUUUAACAGCAAUUAUAAAUAAUGAAAUAUUUUGUGAUCAUGGGGGUAUAUCACCAUAUUUACAUACUAUUGAUGAAAUAAAUGAAUUAGAUAGAUUUAAAGAAAUCCCACAAGAUGGUGCUAUUUGUGAUCUAUUAUGGAGUGAUCCAGCUGGCCCCGAAGAUGAAAUAAUAGAGGGAUGGAAACCAUCCCCAAGGGGAGCAGGUGUGUUAUUUAGUGAAGAAAAAACUAAUACAUUUUUACGGAUGAAUAAUUUAUGUUGUAUUUGUAGAGCACAUCAAUUAGUGCAAGAUGGUUUUCAAUGGAUGCAUAACGAUAAAGUUGUUACUGUUUUUAGUGCACCCAAUUACUGCUAUCGUUGCGGAAAUUCUGCAUCGUUAAUGCUUGUAGAUGAGUUCAUGGAAAAGGAUUUUGUAACAUUUAAUACAGCACCUUUAAGAGCUAAUGCACAGGCUUUGAGAAAAAAUGUAGAAUAUAUGCUGUAA